GGGCAUGUUUAUAACAAUCUCCAGACACGUUUGACAAAAACUUUGCUCAAUGCAUUUUUGGAUCCAAAACGGGCAUUGACUCAACAGUAUGGUGCAAUACAAGGGUGAACAGCCUUAGGACCCAAUGUGGUUCGCAUGCUAAUACUGCCAAAUCUUGAGCCAUAUAUGCGACUUCUUGAACCAGAGAUGCUUCUUGAGAAGCAAAAGAAUGAGAUGAAGAGGCAUGAGGCAUGGCGUGUUUAUGGAGCACUGCUGCAUGCAACAGGUCAAUGUAUAUAUGAUCGGCUCAAGAUGUUCUCACCUCAGCCAUCCCUGUCAGCACGUGCAGUAUGGAGGACCAAUGCAAGAGUUAUUACCACCCCACCAAAUAAACGCAAGGGGAGCAUGGAACACUUGGAAGAGCAGCCACCGCACAAGAAAAUAGCAACUGAUGGUCCAAUUCUUGCAGGGUCGACCAAUUCCUCGUCAUCUCACAUGGAAGAGACGCCAUCUCCCCUGGAAGAGAAAGCUGUGGUUCCACCAGCUCCUUCGGUUGAUUCUAAUGUAGGCCCAUCAUCAUCCUAUAGACAACCGCCUAAUGACAUAAAUUUGGAUGGCAGAGGUAGGACAGACAUGCGUGAUAGUCAAGCUCUCAAUAGGUCAGCUGUCCUCUCCCAGAUAUGGAAAAAUGACUUGGAUUCUGGGCGUCUCCUGGUAUUGAUAUUUGAGCUGUUUGGUGAAGGCCAUUUAUCCUUCACUCCAGCUCCCGAGAUGUCUAUGUUCUUAUGACCAUUUGUACAAAGAUCUGCACUUCCAUAGUUACUCAUGUGUACAAAUUACACUUGCAGAUAGAAUUUUAGAGUUCUCGAGACCAAAUCUUUUGCUAAAUUUCUAUGAAGCUUUUAUGAACUUUUAAUAAUACUGUUGAUCAUGUGUUGAUUGUCUGGAAUUUGGAUGUGUUAGGCCUAUUUACUGCACCAAAAUUAGCACGAAGUUGGAGCUGGUAUGACCUCUAGAGUCCAGAACUAGAAGUGACAAUUUGUGUUCCCGUCAUGUCAAGCCAUGUGUAAGUGACUAUAUAGACUAAUUAUAACCGACUCAUUUAAUUAAACAUGUUAG